GAACGCGCAGACAUGGAGGAGCUGCGGCGAGUGCCGCUAAGCGAUCCUGAUGCCCUGCUGCCUGCUGGCUUCUGGGCCGCCGUGACCGUGUGGCUGGAGAGGCCACAGGUCGCUAACAAGAGGCUGUGCGGCGCCCGCAUGGAAGCCCGCGGGAGUAUUUUGCGGCGCCGCGCCCAGGCGGAGUGUAGACCGCCGCAGGGACAGGGACACGGGCUGCAGAGGGAACCCGGGCAGGCUUCUCCCAAAGGAGAGCCAGAGUUGGAACCUAGGGCGGGCCGCGAAGGUACGGCUCCCGCGGCUGACCUGGACUCGGUAUGGGACCGAGUCUCCCAAAGCCUCGUCCACGCCAAUCCGGAAAUGCUGGCCUUUCUCUAUGGCCCCUCGUUGGGUUCUCAGCCAGAAGCCGAGCAGGAGCUCGACCUGGUUCUCAGAACCGUCAUCCCGAAAGCGAGCCCACACUCCCCGCUUACAGAGCCGAAGAAAGAACUGGUGGUGCAAGAUGUCUCCAGUGGGAGUGUCACCUUUUUGCCCUUGGAAGAAGAUAAUGAGGGGAAUUUGGAGGUUAAAAUGAGCAACGUGUAUCAGCUCCGUCUCCAUCACAGCGAAGGAGAAUGGUUCAUAUCUGUUUUAAUUUUCUGUCCAGAGAGAUGGCAUUCAGAUGGUGUUGUCUACCCCAAGCCCGCCUGGCUUGGAGAAGAAUUGCUGUCCAAGCUGGCCAGGUGGGCGGUGGAGAACAGGAAGAGCGAGUUUAAAAGCACACUUUCCCUGGUGUCCGUCCUGCGCUAUAGCAGGCUGUACCAGGAGCUCAAAGAGAAGUACAGAGACAUGGUAAAGGUUUGGCCUGAAGUAACAGAUCCUGAAAAGUUUGUCUAUGAAGAUGUGGCCAUUGCUACGUACCUGCUGAUCCUAUGGGAAGAGGAAAGGGCCGAGAAGGGGCUCACCGCCAAGCAAUCUUUCGUGGACUUGGGCUGUGGAAAUGGCCUUCUGGUCCACAUCUUGAGCAACGAGGGGCACCCAGGCAGAGGGAUUGAUGUCCGAAGAAGAAAAAUCUGGGACAUGUAUGGACCCCAAACUCAGCUGGAGGAAGGUUCCAUCACUCCAAGUGACAAGACCCUGUUCCCUGGUGUUGAUUGGCUGAUUGGUAACCAUUCUGAUGAGCUCACCCCUUGGAUCCCUGUCAUUGCAGCCAGGUCUUCCUACACCUGUCGGUUCUUCGUCCUGCCAUGCUGUUUUUUUGACUUUGUGGGGCGAUACCGGCGGCGGCAGAGCAGGAAGACACAGUACCGUGAAUACCUGGACUUCGUCCUGGAGGUGGGGCUCUCCUGUGGCUUCCACGUGCAGGAGGACUGCCUCAGGAUUCCUUCUACCAAGCGGGUCUGCCUCAUUGGGAAAUCUAGAACAUACCUGCCUUCCGCAGAAGUCUGGAUGGAUGAGCAGAGAACACAGUACCUGCACAGCAGGCAGGGCUAUCUACAGAGCCCGCCUCCACCCCAGACUGCUGCUCAUGAUGCCGGCCACCAGGACAGUCGCAGGACCCUUGAUGCUGGGGCUGAGAGCAUGCUGGAGGGCCUGACUGCCGAGCGAGGAGCAGGGGCCCCAGCCACAGGACUCUGGGUGCCCGGGUUCUGCCCAAGAGAAAAGGCUGAGCGUGUGAGAAAUUGUGCUGCCCUCCCCCGAGACUUCGUCGACCAGGUGGUUUUACAGGUGGCAAGCUUGUUGUUAGAGGGAAAGAAGUUCAACACGGGAAACUCUGAAGACGGGGAUCUGAAGACCUGGAACGGAGGAGGGAGCCUUUCCUUGGCAGAAGUGGCUGCAGAACUGAACUCAGAGACACUGCAGAGGCUGAAGCGGGAGUGUGGAGGCCUACAGACCCUACUCAGGAAUAGCCAUCAGGUGUUUGAAGUUCUGAAUGGACGAGUUCAUAUCCGUGAUUGGCGGCGGGAGCUGCAGAGGGAGAGGCGUCCAGAAGCCAAGAGGAGCCUGUCUGCAGAGGCGUUCAAGACUCGAGUCUGCUGGUUCUUCACUCACCACCCUGAUGGCUGCGUACUGCCUGCUGCCCGUUGCCCCUAUGCCCACGGGCCCGAAGAGCUGCGCCUGCCUCAGACCUUGAAGAAGCAGAGGCAGGCUCCCUGAGCCACCUCUUCAGUGUUCUUUAGCUGUUGGUUUCCCUUGUCCUGAUGACAUCAUGCUGGCUUCAAUAUGGGCUGUUGGUGUGCACAGCCACUGUCAGUCACUGGAACGUGUCUGCAGGCUGUCGAGCCUGCUCGGCCCUUUUUGGACUGCUCUGAUGCCAGAGCCACCACGUCAGCCUCUGGAGACAUGACCUUCUCAUUCUCGGGGCUGUGUGCCCCAGGUCUUGUCUGCCGAGGAAUUCUCUGCAGACUGCUCACAGGAUCCCCGGAAGCAGAGGCACGGGGCUCUCUGGGGUCCUUAUCAGAGUCCUAUAGAGAGCAGCUUCCAGGGUCGCAUCCGGCCACCCAGUGUUCAAGGCAUGACUCAGAGUGAACAUUGCCUCCACCUUAUCCUUCUCUUUAGAACCUUCUCCCCAGAGGUAUUGGACAGGUUUUCCUUUCAGGAAAAAUUAUUUCUAUUUAAAUUUGUUUUCAGUCUUACCUAAAAAGAGUACUCACUGUACUCAGCCUAAUGUCCUGGGGACCAGUCUCUGAAACCCCGUGUGGUAGAAGUGUUUCUGGUGACCAGCCUGGUGUCAUCUGAGUGGUGAGAAUAAAGUCAGUUAUUCUGAA